UUCUUUUCCUCUUUUAUUGUUAACAUACCUAGGUUCCUGCCUGGAGGAUUUGGUGAUCCCCUGCUACUAGACACGGAAGCCUGUUAAGCGAAAGCUUCUUCUAUUCCGUCCACAACCAUUUGAACCAUUUGAACCAUUUGAAUCAAAAAUCAGAAAUGACCUUGAUAGAAACACUGUCCAUCCUGUAUUAGCAGAUAUAUGUAGUAAUUAGUGCCCGAAUAUCAUGAACAAAACCUUAAUCUCCGGUUUACGGCAUUAUGUCACGUCAAAUCAUUCUAUUUUUGCAAAUUUUUGUACUCAUCGGACUGCAUCAACGCUUAUCUUUGGAAAUGAUUCGAAAUUUCCUUCUGUUCGUUGCAACCAGAUACAUUACUCUCUAUUCUCCAAAGAUUCACGCCCUUUCAACUUUCCUAAGAUUUCUUUCGGCUUGAAAAAUUUUACACAGUUUUCUACUGAAUCGAAGAACAAUGUCCCAUCAAAUGUGAACGAAAAAAAUGGAAAUGACUUGGACGAAAGGAAAUCUAGUCUGAUCAAGAGAUUCAAGGAUGCCUAUGCAAUUUACGGGAAAGUUGUCUUGGUAACUCAUGGUGUGACGUCAUGUUUGUGGUUUGGAAUGUUUUACUCACUGGCUUGCACUGGGAUCAAUUUGCUGGAUAUUCUUCACAGUCUCAACGCACCUGGAUGGCUAAGUAAACCCCUCCAUUUAGGUGGGGGUACUGUGAAUACUCUUGUCACAGCCAUUGUAUUCUACAAACUGGCAGUACCAUUACGCUACGGUUUGACACUCAUAUUAACCAGGUAUCUAGUACGUUACCUUCGAUUGAAAGGAAAAGCACCACAAGUACAAGAAAAUGAUCGUCUACGAAACCUAGCUAAAGAAGGAGCAGAAAUUUCACGUGAACGAAUCAAAGCACGCAUGGCUAGAAGCAGAAGAAAUGUACUCAUAAGGAGGAAUCAACGAUGA